AUGUCGUCGGAACCCUUCAGCACAGUCCUCAGCCUUCCUCGACCCGAUCAUCCCGCUAACGAAGCCAAUUUUGUUCUGCUGCAUGUCGAAUCUACCGGUCGUCGGCAGCUGGAUCUGAAGUUGAUUGGCACAGAGGAGGAGACUGUCUUUUCGGUUGCAUUAAGGCAUUCGAAGAUAUCGGAUCUCAAGUCGACGAAUUCGCCGUGUAAUCAGGAUGAUUGGGAGGAUAUAUUGUUGUCUAUUUUUCGUGGGAUUGCGCCGGGGAAUGGGGAUAUUCUACAAGGCAUAGAGACAAUCGCAAAGGUUGAGAGGAAGGCUGUUUCGCUCACGGUCAUAAUACAAAAGCGAAUUGAGGGUAUCACGCAAAAACUAGGAACGAUUUCCCUUCCUGCGACAGACGAUGAACCGGUUUCUUUAUUCGAGUGGUGCGGUAACGUUAUCAAGUCGAAAGAAACAGCGAGCAACGAAUUACAUAUCAUACAAAAGCGCAUGGAAGAGAAAGAUGCGCAAAUCAAGAAAUUGGAAGAAGGGAUGGACGAGUUGGUCAAGCUCAAAACCAGCCAUGAGAGUGCACUACUCGAGAAGUUCUCAAUUCUUUUAAACGAGAAGAAACUCAAAAUCAGAGACCAGCAGCGACUACUCUCGGCAUCCAACAUUGACCCAGAAAAGCUAGAAGAAGUAGCAAGGAGUAGAGACUCCCGUUCUCGAUCAGCUGGCCCUUCACGAUCAGGGAAAAGGAAACUUGCAGUCAAAGAUGAUGAAUCAGACGAUGGUUUCGAGAAGAUGGAAGUCGAGGAAGAGGCAGAUGUGCUCAAUGAUUCUGAUGGCGAAGGAAGACGGACACCAGAGCCAGAUCUAACAGCAUCUGAAGACUCGGACGAUGAGCCGGUACCACCUCCGAUCAGGAAGACUGCUCAUAGUCAGGAAAUGAAUGAGCCGCCCAGCUCUGCUGCAGAAGUCAAAAAGGAGGAUUUUGUUCCACCUCCGCGAAGAGAGCUCCCAUUUCAACACAAGAAAGCUGCGGCGAAUGAAGCGCCCGUUGAUAAUGGUUCAGAUACGGAGUCUGAUGAUGAGCUAUGA